UCCGUCCAUCUUUAAUGUACUGGAAAGAAGGGGGAUUGACGAGCCUGAAAACAUUGCCAAAUUUGAAAUAAGGAACUGUCGGAUAUUUUAAUCGUGGCUGUCAUACAGAGACACUGACGAAUAUUACAUACGUUUGAAAAAGUGACAGAAGGUAUGAAGACAUUAUCCUAGCGAAGCCAUGGCUGAUAAGAGAAAACUUCAAGGUGAAAUAGAUCGAUGUUUGAAAAAAGUCGCUGAAGGCGUGGAACAGUUUGAAGACAUUUGGAAAAAGCUUCACAAUGCAGCGAAUGCCAAUCAGAAGGAGAAGUAUGAGGCAGAUCUCAAGAAAGAGAUUAAAAAGCUCCAGCGGCUACGAGACCAGAUUAAAACGUGGGUGGCGUCCAAUGAGAUCAAAGACAAACGACAGCUAGUGGAUAACCGCAAGCUAAUUGAAACGCAAAUGGAACGUUUCAAGGUGGUUGAAAGAGAAACCAAGACAAAGGCCUAUUCUAAAGAGGGGCUGGGCUUGGCCCAGAAAGUGGACCCAGCACAGAAGGAAAAGGAGGAAACGGAACAGUGGCUCACGAAUACAAUAGACACUUUAAACAUGCAGGUGGACCAGUUUGAAAGCGAAGUCGAGUCGCUGUCUGUUCAAACUCGAAAGAAGAAAGGAGACAAGGAGAAGCAGGAUCGGAUCGAGGAGCUAAAGAGGUUAAUUGAGAGGCACCGGUAUCACAUUAGAAUGCUGGAGACCAUUUUGAGGAUGUUGGACAAUGAUUCGAUUCAGGUGGAAUCUAUUCAUAAGAUCAAAGAUGAUGUGGAGUACUACAUUGACUCUUCACAAGACCCGGACUUUGAGGAGAACGAGUUCCUCUAUGAUGACUUAGACUUGGAAGAUAUACCGGCAACCUUGAUGGCAACGUCUCCUCAGGGCCAAAUGGAAGAUGACAUGUUCCUUCAGUCCAGCAGCACCCCAACCUCCACCACUUCCUCUUCUCCUAUCCCUCCAUCUCCAGGCACUGGCACCACGGAGAAUUCGGAAGAUAAAAGAGGUCGAUCGACAGACAGUGAAGUCAGUCAGUCUCCUGUGAAGAACGGCAACACAUCUCUCUCGUCCUUCUCCUCGUCCGCCUCCUCAGGCUCCUCCUCCUCCUCCUCUUCUCUGGUCUCCAUGGCUACUGUUGUCGGGGGCUGCACAGCGGUCUCCGGAGGAAGCAGCCUGCUGGGAAGUUUUAGCAGUGCAGUACAGCAGCAUCCUCCUCAACAACAAACACAGGUCAAACUCUCCUCGUCAUCCGCACCCUCAAACAACACGCCGAGCCCGCCCAGCCACCCCACACUACCUACCUCUACUUAUUCCUCACUGCCCAGUUCCAGCACACCUGGCCUGAUUACUUCCAGCUCCCAGUCUUCGGCAGAUUCAGGGGGCUCCAGUCACGGAUUGGGGUUAGGCCUUGGAAAAGGCGGCGUGACGGUGACCAGCAGCAGUCAGAUGCCAAGUUUGGGUAUGACAGGGUUGUCUGUUUCGCUCAACACAAUGGCAGGGCUUCUCUCAGGCUCUACCCCGGCCCCGUACGCCCAGGCGGCUGCGGGUGGAACGGCGAGUAGUGCCUCCAGUGGUCCAGUGGGGAAUAGCAGCGGUAGUACUAGCAUAUCUGUGACAAGCGGCGGAGCGAGCUCAGGUGCGACCAGUAACGGUACGGGUACAGGGGGAGCUUUGGGCCUGUUAGGGUCCAAUCCUGGUCAUGGAACUCUAAGCGGAGGGAUUUUGAACCUGGUACCCGGGCAGUCGUCUGCGCAGGUACCGGUGAGCCCGGUGGGCGCAGCACCUGGAGGAGGAACCAGCGAGGGUGGGCUGGGCGGUAAUGGAGGCAGCGCGGUGGGAAGUGGAGGAGUGGGGACGAAUGUAGCACCUGCAAGACCCCCAAGCGGCCUGAAACAAAAUGGAGCAACCAGUUACAGUGCGGUGGUUGCAGACAACACACCAGACUCCUCCCUCAGCAGUGGCAGCCAAUCACAAAACAGCCAUUCCUCCUCCUCAAGCUCGUCAUCAAAUCAAAAUCUGGAUAAUGGUCCAAGUUUAUUGAGUUCUAUCACUCUACCCCCCUCCUCCCCAUCACCUGCUUUCACUGACAGCUCACCUGGUGGUGGGAGUCUGUUAAAUGGCCCACACUCCUACACACCCAACACAGAAGCUAUCAAGGCUCCUGAACCACCAAGCUCUUUGAAAGCAAUGGCAGAGAGAGCAGCACUAGGAUUGGCACUGGACGGAGAAAUCCCAUCAUUACACCUCACAGAUCGAGAUCUGUUCUCGGGAUCCUCAGCCCCACCUGGUCCCACAACGGCCCCCCAGCCUGCGGUUUCAGAAGUCAACCUUCCACCAUCUUUAGGGGCGUGUCCGUUAGGCCCCACCCCUCUCACUAAAGAGCAGCUGUACCAACAGGCCAUGCAGGAGGCAGCAUGGACACACAUGCCCCACCCGUCAGACUCGGAGAGAAUCAGGCAAUACCUGAUGAGAAAUCCUUGCCCUACACCACCAUUCCACCACCAGGUGCCCCCACACCAUUCGGACUCUAUUGAGUUCUACCAGAGAUUGUCCACAGAGACUCUCUUCUUCAUAUUCUACUACCUUGAGGGCACAAAGGCACAGUAUCUGUCAGCAAAAGCACUGAAGAAGCAAUCGUGGAGGUUCCACACGAAGUACAUGAUGUGGUUUCAGAGGCACGAGGAACCCAAGACCAUCACUGAUGAAUUUGAACAGGGCACGUACAUUUACUUUGACUAUGAAAAGUGGGGCCAGAGAAAAAAGGAAGGAUUUACUUUCGAGUACAGAUACCUAGAGGACAGAGAUUUACAGUGACGGACGGAGAGACGCGGAGGAAAGAGAGAUUACUACGACACAGAAAACGCUGCUGUUGACAUUCCGAGAUGAACUCCAUGUCGUGGUUAAAAUUGGAUGUGAAGUUGGCCUUUUUCUUUAAAAGAGAGAGAGAAUGUGAGAGUGAAGGAGGUCGAGUGCCUGUUUACAUGCAAACAUUUGAACCUCCUAUAACCUUGAGUCUUUGCCCCGCUUAAUUUCUGUUCGACUCAAAACCCUCACCUUGCCGAGCAACAGAAAUGAAAGGAACAAUUUGGUUAGGAUGCCAGAGACAAAACAUUUUGCUCAUAGUUUGUGUUUGGUGCAGUGUUGCAUUAGCAAGUCCUAUACUCUUAGAUGACAUUACUGACUAUGAUGUACGGGCACUAAGCUAGACGGCGAGUCUGAACGCUUCGAUUGGUUGUUUUUAGUUCAUCUAGCCCCUCAAGGAGUGUUUAGGCACUGUGACUUUGCCUCGCGAGAUAACGUGUCGACCAUUAAAUUGCUAUGCAAUUGAACUCCUCUCGACCUCCCUACCUUUAUCAUGACCUAAAUGCGGUUUUACUUGACCGCAGCAAUGUUGGCGUUGAUAGGGUAACGUUCUGUAGCAUCUAUCUUACAAAUGUUCACAAGCAAGGUGGGUUAAGCUGUCAGCCAGAAAACUGGCAUGUGAUUUAUUUGUCUGUUAAACAUGGCAUGAGUGAUCUCACUUCAAAAGUAUCUAAUAAAAACAAAGAUUAAAAUAAGUACAAGGUAAAACUGUUAUCCUUUGUCAUUUUCAUUUAAGUUGUUCAUGGCUGAAUAUUUUUGUUGUGUGGAGUUGUGCAUGUACAGAAAUAAACGUUCCCUGUUUUUUUUGUUACGUCUCAAAACUCUCCUUGCGUAUUGUGAUGGACAAUGUCCCUCGAAAGAGAUUUAUUGUUCCGUUACUCCAUUUUUUGGCAAAGCCAUUUGAAACACCCCUACACGACCUCAUCUGAGAUUCCAUUCAUUUCAGUUUCCUCUCGUCUGGGGACAACAUACACAGUGAUAUAAUUGUGAAAAGUUGGAAAAAAUAUUUUUGUUGAUGAACAGAAGGGCAGCUGAUUGCGUUUGUGGAUUUCUCUCAAAGUUAAAAGUCAUUUCUUGCCUUUUUUGACAUGGACAGGACAGCAUGCGAUUGCAAUGUCGCUUAAUAGGUCGAGAGGAAACAAAAAUACAGAGUUGUAAAAUUUCAAUAAAAUACUUUUGUGAUGCA